UUGGAUAACUGGCAGUCUCAUUGCUCCACUAGACUCGGCCGCAAUGGAAACAUUCAACACCGAUGCUAAAAACCCUUUUCACACUUAAUUUCUUCACUUCAUUUUUGUUGUUUCACAUUUAUCUUCAAAUCUUCCCCCUUUUUGUUUUUAUUUAUGUUUCUUGAAAAUCCAGGAGAAGUGCUGCAGACCCAUAACAUGGCUUCCAUGAAACUUGGCUCAAAAUCUGAAGCAUUUCACCGCCAAGGCCAAUCUUGGCAUUGCACAUCUGGGCUUCAGAGUGAUGUCACCAUUGAGAUUGGAGAAAUGGCCUUCCAUCUUCACAAGUUCCCUUUGCUGUCGAGGAGUGGACUACUUGAGAAGCUUAUUGGAGAAUCAACGACGUCUGCCGAUGGAUCUGCUUGUUUUUUACAACUUAGUCAGUUGCCGGGAGGUGCUAAGGCUUUCGAGCUAGUAGCCAAGUUCUGCUAUGGUGUCAAAAUAGAACUCACGUCGAUGAAUGUAGUAAGUCUUAGAUGUGCUGCUGAUUACCUCCAAAUGAAUGAGGAGUAUGGGGAGGGAAAUCUGAUUGCACAAACUGAGGCUUUUCUCAAUGAAGUUUUUGGCAACUGGACCGAUACGAUAAAAGCUCUUGAAACGUGUGAAGAAGUUCUGCCACAUGCAGAAGAGCUGCAUAUUGUGUCGAGAUGCAUAAACUCCCUGGCUAUGAAGGCUUGUGCUGAUCCUAUGUUGUUCAGUUGGCCUGUUUCGACUGGCAAUGAGACUGCAAGAACUUCAGGUGCUGCAAGAACGUCAGGUGCUGCAAGAACUUCAGGUGCGGCAAGAACUUCAGGUGCAGCAUUUUGGAAUGGGAUAUACACUGCAACGAAGCCUCAGCAGGUGAGUGAUGACUGGUGGUACGAAGAUGUGUCUUUUCUCAGUUUGCCUCUGUAUAAACGCUUGAUCCAAGCUGUUGAAGCUGGAGGUAUGAAGGCUGAGAAUAUUGCUGGAGCACUAGUGUUUUAUGCCAAGAAAUACAUACCGCAGAUGAAUAGACAAUCGAGCUUCAAGAAUUUGAAUUCAGGCACAACAAUUUCAAUCCCUUCUGAGGCUGAUCAAGGAGCACUUCUUGAAGAAAUAGUGGAGUUAAUUCCGAACCAGAAAGGGGUCAUUCAUACUAGGUUCCUUCUUCGGUUGCUUCGAACUGCUAUGGUUUUGCAGGCCAGCCAAGCAUGCAGAGACAAUCUGGAGAGAAGGGUGGGGCUGCAAUUAGACCAAGCUGCGCUGGAAGAUAUAUUAGUACCAAACUUGGGCUAUUCCGUGGAAACGUUGUACGAUAUCGACUGUUUUCAGAGGAUUCUGGAUCAUUUCAUGUCGAUAGAGCAGGCGUCAGCUGCUGCUUCUCCGUGCAUUGUUGAAGAAAGUCAAUUAAUGGAAGGGACACAUUCAUUGACAUCAUUAACGAUGGUGGCUAACCUGGUAGAUGCAUAUCUUGCUGAUGUAGCCCCAGACAUUAAUUUGAAGUUUCCAAAAUUCCAAGCUCUUGCUGCUGCAGUUCCUGAUUAUGCUAGGCCGCUUUCUGAUGGGAUUUAUCGUGCAAUCGAUAUAUAUCUCAAGGCACAUCCGUGGCUUACAGACUCAGAGCGGGAGCAAAUCUGCAGAUUGAUGAACUGCCAAAAGCUUUCAUUGGAAGCCAGCACUCAUGCUGCCCAAAACGAGAGGCUACCUCUCAGAGUGAUCGUGCAAGUCUUGUUCUUCGAGCAGCUGCGACUACGGACGUCAAUCUCUAGUUGGUUCUUUGUUUCCGACAAUCUAGACAGCUCUCAGAAUCCGAAUCAAGUUCCUCCAGCAUCCAAGAACGCCAGUUGCUCCCAUGAGAGAGCAUCAGAUGUAGACGAUGUGAGGGAGCGCGUAUGUGAGCUGGAGAAGGAAUGCCAAAGCAUGAGAGAAGAGUUCCAGAAGCUGGUGAAAACAAAGAGAAUUUGGAACAUAUUUUGGAGGAGGAAAUCACAUCAAUCCAAUUCAAAGCCUCAGAAGCAGUGCAAUGUUAAGGCGAAGCAACCGUGUGCUGAUGGACAUCAGCAUUGUGGAAACGCCGAGUUAGGACAUUAGUAAUAGCAUACAACUCUCCUUAUCUUUUCUGGUAAGCUGACAUAUUUGUCGUUAAAACGAUGAACAAGUCCGGUGGGUUUUCAGAUGGGCAUCCCUGAUUUUUUCCUACUCUUCUCUUCUCACUUGAUUAGACAUACACAUCAAAAUACGGAUAAUUCAAUAAAAUCUUUUCAAAAUACUCGAAAUAAAUAAAAUUUUGUAUUGUGUUUUGUCACCCACACAAAAAAAGCAUAUUGAUGCCGAGUCAUCUUUUAUAUCUGUGCCACAUCAACUGCUGAAACUGGAGAUAUCUUCUUGAUCUGGUUCACGUCAACGAUCAAUGCGGCGGCUGAGUCAAUUACCAAAUCCUCUCCACGUCAGCGGCCAUAAAUCGGUAUCUCUCUGACUCAAACACGAUGCUGAGUCAGUCACCACCGUUUCUGCCAUGUCAACACUAGAUGCAGCGUCAGCAACCACUUUCCCGCUCCAAUGAUCCUCCCGAUGGCGGCGAGGUAGUUAUCCUCGUCUAGAUCUGUGGAGCUGCGGCGGCGCUGGAGGGUUGGAAAAAUCAGGAGUGGGUAUACCCUUACCGCUGGUACAAGAAAUGUUCGAUGAAAUGCCAGAGAUAGUGAUUGAUUCUGUCUAUUCAGAUGAUGGACCAACAUUCGUAGUUACAUUCAGUGACACUUUGCGUCCGGUGUAUGAAGAAAUUCUACACCAAGUAUUUGAGAGAUUUGGUACGGUGGAAAGUGUCGACUUUGUCCCCCGGAGGACCACUUCCAAGCACUGGUAAGAUACCAAUUCUCUGGAGCGUUCGUUUUCUGCAUUGUGUUCUCCACAUGAUUGCUGCAUUUAUGAGGGUGGUUGCAUAAUGGAUAUUCAAUACGUAACAUAGAAUUUUUCCGGAUGAAUUACUGGGGAUGCACAUUACUACCAGAAAAAUUCAUCCGGAGAUGAUAACUAAAUUGAGGUUGAUCUGUAAAGCAACUGAAAUAAAUGAAUUUACAUGCAAGCCACAACAUCCAGUGGCUAGUAGUUGUCUACCAACCUUACCGAAGAGAUUAGUCGAGUUUGGAGUAGUCCAUUCGAAGGAAGAAUCUGAUGAAUUACAUACGAACGGAAUUCCUACAGAAACAGUUUUCUAAGUGUCCACUGAAUUGCCUGUAGAUAGGAAUGACGGAAAACGAGUUCAUAUAAUCGGUUCAGAGGUGUUACAAAUACUGUUGAAGAUUUGAAGCCAAAGGGUGAUUGUGUUCCAAUUAGUGUAUCCAGAUUCUUUGUAGAUCACCAGGCGGAUUAUAUCCGUAUUUAAGCUGGUUAUCCGGGAAAUAUAUGUAAAACUAAAGUGCUUGAAACACUGCUUAUGAAUAAAUAUAUUCAGCAUCCUUCCCCCCUCUGGAUAUAAUUGAUAAAUUAUCAGGUUGAUUACUCUUUCAAAAGUGUGCAUACUAAACUUUUAAACAGCAGCACGAAAUUUUUACAAUUAGCAUUAGUAAAGCAUAAAUUUGUCAGUGAUGCACCUUCCAGGAAGUUAAUCGAAGCUGGCUGCUACAAGUUCUGGACAUGCAAUAUGAGAAAGUCGAGGUGGAUAGCAAAAGUAGAAUAUGGACUAUAGGACAGAAUCCAUAUAAAAAGUUGUUGUUAGAACCUAAGGUUCUCUGUUGAUAGAUUUUUUCAUUAAUUAUAACCUUCCGGUUAGAGAAGUUUCAUAUCUGAAUUAAUGUGUUCAUAGCUCAAAAUAAU